AACUGAUGCUCUGCCCCUUCGGUGGACUCUGACGGGCAAGUCGGUCCUCUGCCAAAAGGCCGAAACGAGUGCUCUCUGCCAGUCAGCCCUCUGCAAACCCUGCCGGUUUGCCAUCCGGGGUCACAAAUCCAAAAGGGGAAACCCCUGCCUCUUUCCCUCUGGAUGUUCUAUGGGCCUGGGGGUGCAUAUGCAAUGUUUUCCGGGAAGGAUGCGAGCAGAGCCUUGGCUAAACUGUCAUUUGACCCUAAGGAGAUAAACGGGAACCUGGAAGGGCUAUGUGACUCAGAGCUUGAAACACUGCUAGAUUGGGAGUGCAAGUUCAUGGUGAAGUAUGCCAAGGUGGGUCAACUCGUUCCCUGUGAUCCGCCCCGCCACGGCAAUGGAGAAACUGGAGAAGCAGAGACAACAAGUGUUCAACAAUUACAUUGAGCUUUGUCGUUUGGGUGUUUGUGUGUGUGUGUAUAUAUGGGUGAACAGAUGAAGCUUUAGUUGUUUGUGUUAACCAGCACGGCAGAGGAACAUUAUUAUUAUUAUUGCUUGGCUAUCCAUGCUGCAACUGCAAUACCCUUGGGUUUGGUUAUUUGUUUGCGAGCUCGAGCUUCGGGUUCCGGGUGCUACGCCCAGUCCCUUUACUUUAAACGUUCUGUCUAGUUUGACUUUUUGUAAUCAAAUCGAAUGAAUUUU